CCGGGUCGGUUCGGUUCCGCCGGCCGCCGCCGUCGAGGGGGAGAGACCGAGAUUUGAGCUCAGAGUGAGGCCGAGGGGGGCGGCGGGGAGAGGACUAGGAGUGAGGAGGAGGAAGGCGGGGGUCGCCGUCGCCGGCGCCGGCGCGGAGCAUGUCGUCGCUGGGGACGUCCAAGGGGGUCCUGGAGAUCGCUAAGUUCGGCGUCUACGUCGCCGUGCCCGUCGCGCUCACCUACCUCGUCGCCACCGACUCCAAGACGCUCAAGAAGCUCAUGGGCCUCCGUCCGUAUGUGGUUUAUCCACCUGAAGGUCCACGCCCACCACCACCUGAAGAACUUCGCGAGAGGGCUCGGGAAAUAGCUCGGAAGAGGCAGCAGAGCUGAGUGGAUUGGUGACUAUGGAACAUCACAGAUCAUAAAUCCAGCUCACAGUUAUGGUAGAGAAUGUCACUCUGAUUGUUGAAAUGGAACGUGUGUUAGGCCCUGGUCUGUAACAUCUUUUUGCUGUUGUUGUCGUAAUGACAUUCAAGUGGCUGUGGGUGAUCUGCUUUGAGCUGUGAGGAUUGACUAAAUGUAAUUCACUGUAUUUCUUGUUGGGAGCCAGUUCAAAUGGCAGUAUGGCACAUUUGAGUUCUAGGCUCUCCUUUAAAUGGUGCAGAAUAAAAGAAAGCCAUAUUUCGUGCACCA